CCCGCUCUCCCUCCGUCCUCGACUCCCUCGCACCGCCCUAGAAUCCCGCAGCGCCCACGUCGAGUGACAAGCGCCGAUGUCCCAAUAAAUGCUCAGCAUGCCUAGGCCGGAUCCGCAAACCACUCCGGGGGAUUCUUCGGGCACACCAGCAGGAGUACAAAGUCGACCGCCAGACACGGUCGGUAUACCGCAGGAAGACUUAACGCGCGCGAACUCGAGGCUGCAAGACUCAGGAAUGGCGCUGGUGGAAGUGCAGAAUCUUCUCCAGCAGCUGGUUGGGCGUGCAGAGCACUUCAACGAGCUGGACAAUAGCCCCGUUGUUCAAGGUCAGAUUGCUCAACUCGCCGCCCUUAUGCGCAAGCAAGAGGAGGAUCAUCAACACGCCCUUCGCGAAGUCGAACUCGUUCUGGAAGAUGCCCUGGAGAAGGAGAUUCCUCAAACGCUCGUGAAGAUGGUGGACGACAGGUUCGACGCGAUUGUCGACGAUAUCGUCGCGAAGGAGACCGAACGAUACCUCGAGGAGCUCGCCGGCGUCAAGAUUCAGCGCGAGGUUGCGACUCUGCGGAAUACUCUGCGGGAGAAGCAGAUCCAGCUGCACAACACUGAAGCUCGCCGGGAGAACUCCCUCCUUCGAGAGCAGGAUGAAGACGUGCCAUUGAAGAAGAUCCAGCUUCUCGACGGGACCAUACCUGCCACCUGCCCCGCCACCGUGAAAGAGCUGCGGAGCAUGACGCCGGACGCGGUGAAGAAGCUCAUGGGCGCCUAUCGGAUUGACUCAGCGCCUGGAAGCCCGGGCGGGGUGACGAAUAUCAACCGGGUGCUGCAGCACUUCGGCGUCAAAGGUUGUUUGGUCACACCGAUGUGAUGAUCAACUACUGGAUUCCGGACACUCGUAGUGCGUUCUCAGCGUUGGACUUUGUAUCCUGAUAUGUUCCUUCUGUACUUCCAUGUAUUCAUACUUCCUGCUUUCCCUAUCUCGUCCGCUAUCUU